CCGCCACCGAACGCCGCACGCCACUGUUCGCCGAGAGGGAGGAGAAAGCGGAGUGUUCCGGAGCUCUGCCUAGUUGGGCCCAACCUUUGCUCCAGAGAUCAUGGCUGCCGAGGAUGUGGUGGCGACGGGCGCCGACCCUAGCGAGCUGGAGGGCGGCGGGCUGCUGCACGAGAUCUUCACGUCGCCUCUCAACCUGCUGCUGCUCGGCCUCUGCAUCUUCCUGCUCUACAAGAUCGUACGCGGGGACCAGCCCGGAGCCAGUGGCGACAACGACGACGACGAGCCACCCCCGCUGCCCCGCCUCAAGCGGCGCGACUUCACCCCUGCCGAGCUGAGGCGUUUCGAUGGCGUCCAGGACCCGCGCAUUCUUAUGGCCAUCAAUGGCAAGGUGUUCGACGUAACCAAAGGCCGCAAGUUCUACGGGCCGGAGGGGCCAUAUGGGGUCUUUGCCGGAAGAGAUGCUUCCAGGGGCCUUGCCACAUUUUGCCUGGAUAAAGAAGCACUGAAGGAUGAGUAUGAUGACCUUUCUGACCUGACUCCUACCCAGCAGGAGACCCUGAGUGACUGGGAAUCUCAGUUCACUUUCAAGUAUCAUCAUGUGGGCAAACUGCUGAAGGAAGGGGAGGAACCUACUGUGUACUCAGAUGAUGAAGAACCAAAAGAUGAGAAUGCUCGGAAAAAUGAUUGAAGCAUUCAGUGGGAGCAUAUCUAUUUUUGUAUUUUGCAAAAUCAUUUGUAACAUUCCAGUCUGUCUUUAAAACAUGGUGAUUUCAAUAUUUAGAAACGUUUUGAACUUGCUGUAAAUUUUUUUAAUUAACAUCACUAGUGACACUGAUAAAAUUGUCUUAGAAUGCAUGUUUGUGUCACAAAUCCAGAAAGUGAACUACAGUGCUGUCCUGCAAAUGUUAAUGCUGUUUUGCUUCUAUCCGUAGUUAGAACAAGCUGAAUUUCAAUUUGAUUUUCCUGAGAGAGAGCGAAUACUUGGCUAUUUCCACAAACUGGUCAAAAUGGUAAAUGUCCACAAACUGGUCAAAAUGGUCAAUGUACUAAGAAUGAAGGAUCAACUUUGAGUCAUGCUGUUCUAUGAAAACAAGCCCAUUUUACUCAAUUGACUUAACUGCAUGAUUUUUGUUUUAUCUACCUCUAAAGCAAAUCUGCAGUGUUCCAAAAACUAUGGUAUUGAUUCUAGAGAGAAGUCCAGUAACAAAAUGAAAAUUCCUUGUUGGGCUUAGUUGAGACAAACACAUUUCCAGUGUUUCUGGCCUGAUGUAACUGUCCUUUUCUUCAUGUGGACACUCUCAACACAUACAGUAACUAUCACACACGCACAGUAACUGACAGCUGGGACUAAAACAGCAUCUGAACAUUCAAAGUAGAGCUUUGCAAAAAAAAAAAAAAAAAAAAAGCCCGUAAAUUACAUGAAGAUCGUGGGUCUGGCUUCCCAGUUCUGUUGCUUGUAGCAGGGCAAUGGUUAUGUGGUUAUUUGACCAAAUGGGAAAUUUGAGAGGAACAUACAGGGCAAGAACAGGUGUGUGCUUUUCAAAAAGCCUUCACCGUCAUCUCUGAAGAAUGAGAAAACACUACAUGGCAUUAGCUGAGUGAUUUUUAAAGGAAAACACAUUCCUAAGGUAACAGUUGAAUCCUUAUGUUGUUACAAAAUUGUAGUCACUUCAAAAGUAGUAGUCAAGUGUCUAGGUCUCGGAUAAUACUCUUUGGUUAUUACUAAACCUAGCUUAAGUAGAUUCUACAGUUGUAUAAAUUUGUAAAAGUAUUAUAUGAACAACUAGUGAGGUUUCAAACUCUCGUAAUUGUAGUUAAAUAGUCAUUGUAUUUUCUUGUGAGCCGUGUUUAAUGGUUUUACCUCAAAUCAGAAACAAAAUGAAGUGCUUGGGUCAGUUAAUAAAAAGAUUUUGCCCAGUA